AUGAGGGCAAGUACAAAAAUAUCAUCCAAAAGGGUAACGCUGACAUCUGAAUUAGCUAAUCGUUCGUUAUCUUUAGCCUAAAUCUAUCAUGGUAUUUUUGUAGCAAUAAUUAUAAAGUUGUAAAAGGGAAGAAAGAGAGAGCUGAUUUCUUAAAGGACUCAAAUAAGUUGAAGUUUUCUUUAUAGACUUAUGCAUUCAAGAAUUCUUCACAUCCAUCCAAUAUUUUUGAUGAUAAGUAGAUUAUGAAUAUUAAUAAAAUUAAGGGGAUCCGAGUAGAGUGAUGAUUCAUUCUACUUAAGUAGUGAAAAUAUAUCAGAAGAUUCUAUCCUUUCGGUUCAUGUAGUUGAUAAAUAUAAUAAAAGUGAUGAGGGUUCUUCUUUUAAGAAGUCAAAUAAUAGUUUAAGAUUAAGUAAAAAUGAUAUCGAUCAGCAUUCAAUUUAAAUGGAAGGGAUGAAUUAUUAAUAAAAUAUAAAUGAAGGAGAAGUCUAAUUGUAAAAGAUUAUAAAAAAAUAUUAAAAGUAAAUGCAAAGAAAUCCUUUGCAAGAUCCAUAUUAUGUUUAAUUAAAAAUAUUAAGAGGAUAUGAAAGACUUAAAUUCGAAUUAACAGUAUGUGUUCAAACUUAAUUAGCGUUAUCAUGACAAAAACAGAUUUUUAUAAAUGAGAAAGAGGAUAGUAUUUUUAUGUUACAUAUUUCCUAUAAUAAUAAAUGGAUUAGUAAAAUCGAUUUAUUUUAAAUUAUUUAUGACAACAUUAAUAAUAUUCAAUGUUGCAUUGUUUAUAUAUGUAAAGACAAACAAUAGAAAAGAUACAGAUCAAAUAGAACAAGUCAUAACAGUAUUCUUUUUAAUUGAGGUAAGCUUUAGAAUCAUUGCCUCAGGUGUAAUUUUAAAUAGAAAAAGCUUUUUUAGAAGUCCAUUAAAUAUAUAUGAUUUUACAUUAGUUGUUCUUACAACCUUAAAUUUAUAUAGACCUGAUAUAAUAAUUUUAGAUCUAUCCCCAUUAAGAAUGAUCACCUUAUUAAAUUACUUAGGAGAUGUAUUAAAAGGUCUAUCAAUAAUGCUAAAAGCUUUAAUAUCAUCAUUAAAAUUUCUCUUAGAAGCCUUGAUAAUAGUGGGUUUAUUUUCACUAUUUUUUGGUGUCUUUGGAGUUUUACUGUUUUAGAAUUUGUUUAAUUAUAGAUGUUAAUAUGAGAAUGGAGAUGAAACAGAAGGUUGGAUUUAAUGUAAUGAAAAUAUAUGUCCAGAUGGUAUGAGUUGUUAAUAUUCUGAUUACACACCAAAACAACCAACUUCAUUUAAUAAUAUCAUUUAUUCAUUAGGACAGAUUUUAAGAACUAUAACAAUGGAUGAUUGGAGUUGGGUAAUGUUUUUCACAAUGAGAAUAUUUAAUCCUUGGAUAUGGAUAUAUUAUUUAUUGAUCAUUUUUGUGGGUGGAUUUUUUGGAUUCAAUUUAGUUAUUGCUGUUUUGAAAACUCAUUAUGCAGAAGUGGCUUAAGAAACUGUAUAAGAGGAGAUCAAUUAAUAAAUUAUGGCAAGAUUAAAAGAGAAGUAGGAAAAUCCAGAGAGAGAUUUGAUUUAGAUCUUUGAUGUGGCUGUUUUAAAACAUAUUGGAAUAUAUAAGGCUUACUUGAGUUAUAAAAAAUAAUUGACUAAUCCACUUUAUUAAUCAUAAUCUCAUCCAAUAGAAGAAUUGAGUUUUGAAAAUGUUAAAACAAAAGUAAGGACACUAUCUGGUAGAUAGAAGACUAAUGAGAAAGUAUUAUUAUUAAUUAUUAUUUAAGAAUAGAAAUCAAAAAGGAUUUUAAGCUUAUUUAGAUUAAUUUAGUUUGAAAUAUUUAUUAUUGCCUAGAUUUAAAUAUUUAGAUAAAUUCAAGCAAAUGAUUAAGGUGUCAAAUUAUACAGAUGAUCAAUUAGAAAUGAAAUUAAUCUCAAGAUUGUUGGAGAAUCAAUUCUCAUAACUCUCUCCAUAUCCUAAUUAUGAUAUUUAUCAAUCUUUUAGUAGUGGGGAUGAUGUUUUAUUAGCUUUCAUGUAAAUUUCAUAUUUCAUUUAAGUGAAAAAGAAAAACAUAAGAAAAUUGUUGACUAAAACUAAUUGAUUAAAUAAUGCAGAUAGAUUAAAUUUAAACAAGUAUAUUCACUAAUAAAGGUGAAACCAAAAUAAACCAUGACUUCAUCGAAAGCAUUAAUUCCAAUGAAAUAAGUUCGAAGAAAGAUAAAAACAUCUUAAAUCGAUCAGACUAAUGAUGAGAUUACUAAAAAACAUCAUAAUAUCAAUAGAGAGGCUUCUAUUUAAGUGAAGAUGAAUAACUUUAAGCAUUGUUAAACCUAAAGUAGUUUUCCUUUCUCAGUAGUUAGUAAGAGGAAGAUUUAUGUUAUGAUAUAAGAAUAAUAUAUCGAUUAUGAAGCAGUAUGCGAAAAAAUCAAUCUAAAAAUACCAAUAAUGAUUGAUAAUUCAACUUCAAAUGAAUUUAAAUAUCGAUUAUUAAGAAAGAAGGAAUUGAAGAAAAGAUUAAUAGAAAAGAAGAAUUGGUCUGGGAGUGAUGUAUUAUUGUUAGACAUUUUGAGGGCAAAUGAAUUUAAUGAAAUAAAAUAGAAAUUGAAUUAUUAAGAUCAUCAAAUUUGGUUGACUGGAUUAAAAGGUAAGAUUACUACUGCAAGAAAAUAUUGUUAUAUUUUAAUAAGUAGUAGAUUUAGUUAAUUCUUUUUUGAUUUGAUAAUUUUAUUCAAUUUUACUUUUUUAUCAUUAUAAGGUAUAGCAAAUCCUGAAUUGAUAUCAUAAAUAGAAGAUAUCACAACUAUUCUAUUAUGUUUAGAGUAAUCAUUUAAAUUAUUCUCUUAUCCAUGUAGAGAAUUACUCAAUUAUCCAAGUUAAAUUUUAUAGUUAUUCAUAAUCAUUUUGAAUUUUAUUGAGUUAACUCUAGGAGAUCAAAUAACAAAUUCAAAUCUAUAAAGUUAAAAAUUGAUUCGAGGAACAAAAUGUCUUUUAUUUUAUAGAUGUUUAAGAUAUAAUAAAAUGGCAAGUAAAAUUGGAUAAAUAGCAUCAAAAACAUUUGAGUCUUAUAUAUAUUUGACAGUUUUGAUGUUAAUGGUGAUUUUUAUGUAUGCAUUAAUAGGAAUGGAAAUGUAUGCAGGUUAAUUUAAUUAAUUAGAAACUUUAGGAUAAUUACAUUCAUUUGAUAAUAUUUUAAAAUCAUUUAUGACAAUUUUUAAUAUUAUGACAAAUGAUGAUUGGUAUGGAGUAUAUGUUAUGGGAGGAGAAAUAAGUUAUACAUUUUCAGUUAUAUAUUCAUAUUCUAUGGUUAUUAUAUUAAAUUAUUGUACAUAUGGAUUAGUUUUAGCAAUAUUAUUGGAUGGAUUUGGUAAAUAUUUAGGGAAUUAAGAGGAAGAAAUAAUGGAGAAAGAAGAAUUGUAAACUCAAUAAAUAAGUGCAAAUUCUGAAUAACAUGAGAUUACAUAUGAUGAAACAAUUGCUAAUAGUAAUUAAUUAUAAUCCAAAACCCAAAAAAUAAGUUUAAUAUCUCAUUUACUCGUAUCAAUAAAAUCAUCAUAUAAAAGUAUUUAACAAAAGCAUUAGUCUAUAUAUUAAGGAAUAGAAUGUUAAUAGUCACUUUAUGUAUUUGAUAAAUCCAAUAUAUUAAGAAUAAUAAUUACUAAGGUUGUUAUUAAAAUCUAUUAUUAAUAUUUCAUAGAUUUUGUGAUAUACAGUUCUAUUAUAAUAUUUAUUAUUAAGACAUAUAAUGAUUUUGAAACAAAUUCAUCAGAUAUGCCAGAUAAAUUAUAAUUUAUUGCUAAUAUUAUUAUUUUGACUGAUUUUAUAUUAAAUGUAAUUGCUAAAGGCUUAUUUUUAGAUCCAGGCUCAUUUUUAACAAACACUUGGCAAAUAAUAGAUGUAAUUUAUAUAAUAGCAAAUCUUAUACAAUAUUAAUUCAAUAAUGAAAUUAUAAAGAUUUUAUUAUUUAUGGGAUACUUUCGACCCAUGAAAUUAAUGUAUAGAAUUACAUGGUUAUCAUAAUUAAGAGCAGCAUUAGGUUAAGCUUUGUUGGAUAUAUUAAAUGUAUUUAUUACUCUUGUUUCUGUUUGGUUAAUAUUUGGUGUUUAUGGUAUAAUAUUAUAUGAAAAAUAAUUUGGAUAUUGUGAAGAUAAAAUGUCUUUUUAUGUAUCAUAUAAUGAUUGCAUUUAAUCAAAUAAAACAUGGGUGAAUUAUAAACAUAAUUUUGAUAAUAUCACAGUAGCAAUUCCAACUUUAUUCACUGUAUCAACUUUUGAUGGAUGGGGAGAAAUCUUAUAAGUAGCUGAAAAUAGUUAAACUUCAGAUACUGGACCUAUUCCAUUUAAUAGUUAUUUGUAUACAUACUUAUAUUUGAUAAUCUUUUGUUUUAUUGGAUCAAUGUUUUUUUUGAGUUUGUUUACUGGAAUUCUAUUCAAUAGUUUGAAAGAAAAUUAAUUUAAAAUGGAAAAUAGUCAAUAUACUUAAGUUUAAAGAGAAUUUAUGAAAAUUACUAAUAUUUUAAUGUCAGAUUUUCCAUUAUAUUCAGCACCUCCAAAGAGUAAAGUUAGAAAGAUUUCAAGUAAGGUUGUAAACAAUAUACAUAUCUAAUAUUUUAUUUAUGGUUGUUUAAUAUUAGAUUUAAUAAUUUUAUUAUUAUUUAAUUCUGAAAUGAGUGACAAUUAUUUUGAUAUUGCUAAUUAUAUGCAUAAUUCACUUACUAUUUUAUAUUUAAUAUGGAUAAUAUUAUUAUUUUUGGCUUUGGGUGUUAAUAGAUAUUUUGAUAAUUAUUGGAGAAGAUUUUAUCUAUUAUUAGUUUUAAUUGGAUUAGUAGAUCUUAUUGCUAAUUCUAUUACAAAUUGGACUCAUCUUUAUUUCAAAUCACAUCCUGGAGAUUAAUAUUAUUAAUUAUUAAGAUUGUUUUUUAGUCUAAGAAGUUUAAGAAUUAUUUUAAUAUUUCAAGGUUUAAUAAAUAUAUAAAGAUUGCUUAGAGUAAUGGUAUUUGCAAUGCCUUAUUUGGUGAAAAUAUUUACAAUACUUAUUAUUACAAUGGUCAUUUUUGCUUUAUUUGGCUGUUAACUUUAUGGAAGGAUAGAUUCAGGAUAAGUUAUGGAUGAUAUAAUUAACUUUACUAAUUUUGGAAAUGCCAUGUUAGCUUUAUUUAAAUGUGCUUCAGGUGAUGAUUGGAGAACAAUAAUGACUGAUACUAUGUAACAUAAUCCAUUAUGUCAAGAAGAUGAUAAAUAUUGUGGAUCUGCUGCUAAUUAAUUAUUUUUUAUUCUUUUUAUGUUAUUGUCUAAUUAUGUUCUAUUGAAUUUAUUUGUCUUAGGAUUAAUAGAAUAAUUUGAAUAGUUUUUUCAAAUGUAAAACUCAUAAAUUCAAACUUAUGUUGAGAACAUUGAUAAAAUUAAGAAUACAUGGUGUAAGUAUUCAUAAGAAACUUAAGGUAUGUCUAUGCAUUUUAAAUUUCUUUGUAAAUUUUUAAUUGAUAUUGGAUAACCUUUAGGAGUAGAUAAAGAUUCUAAUUUAUGGGAUGCUUGUAAAUUAUCAUCUUAACUGAAAUUAUAAAGGUAUUAAAUAACAUUAAACUUAGUGACAUCCAUGGAUACAUUUAAUAUAAUUUCCUCAUGUAUGAAUUGUUUAGGAGAUGCUUUUAUAAUGAAGUUUUUAAAUCUGGAAGCUAAGACUCUAUUACACAAAUAAAGAAAUUUAAUAAAGAAUCAUAAUUUAGAUUAAUGUAUUAUAGAAAAAAUAAAAAUCUACCUCGUUCCAAUAUUAGUCCUUCAGCUACAAUUCAGCCUAAUAUCAAUCUUCUUCAUGAUUAUUUAAAUGUUUUAAUCUUAUUUAAAACAUGGGAAUAAUUCAGCAAAUAAUUAAUUGAAAAAGUGAAUUAAGACCAAGAUUAUUUUACUGAUUAAAGUGUAUCAAUCCCAGGCAUAAUAUAAAAUGAGUAUCAAAUAUCUCCACUAUUUUAAGUUAUCAACAAAGCUAGAAUCACAUAUUAUAAAAUAAUUGUGAAAGUGAGAUAGAAAAUGAAAUUAUCAGUAAUGCAUCUGUAAGUAGACAUAGUGUGUCGAUUAACAGUUAGAUUAAUAGAUAUAAUGAUUUACCCAUAUAUAAGGGUAGUUAUGACACAUCAUUGUAGAGUGAAAAUAGAGAUUUCCCCUAUUUCAUCAAAGUCAAUAAAUAAAUUGAGUUGGAUGAAUGA